CUCUCUCUCUCUCAAAUGCUGACUGAAGAAUCCUUCUUUUCUUCUUCAUUACAACAGAGUAGAGAGUGUUGUGGAAGUAGGAAUCACAUUACCCAAACCACAGAGCUUCCCAUGGCUGUUUCUGUCAUGAAGCUUCUCUUCCUUUCUUCUUUCCUUCUUCUUUUCGUUCCCUCUUCUUCUUCUUCCUCGAAUUUUCCGCGUAAUUCAUCUCUCUCCACCCAAGCUUCAAUCUUGAUUUCUCUCAAGCAAUCCUUACUCACCCAGAAUUCAUCUUUCGAUGGUUGGAAUGAAUCAAACUACACAUCCCUCUGCUCAUGGACUGGCAUCCGGUGCGAUCGCACUGGUCGGUCUGUAGUUUCAAUUGACAUUUCGAAUUCAAACUUCUCUGGCACUUUCCCGCCGAUAAUUUCCGAACUUAGAAGCCUUUCACACCUCUCUGUUGCUGGUAACCACUUCAUUGGCACAUUCCCGCCUGAAAUUCGAAAUCUAACAAGCCUCAGAUUCCUCAAUAUAUCCAACAACGAGUUCAAUGGGAGUUUGAGCUUGGACAUCUCUCAAUUGAAGUCCCUCGAGGUGUUGGAUGCUUACGACAACAACUUCGAUGGGUCUCUCCCUUCGGGCUUACCAGAGCUGGAAAAGCUGCGGCAUUUGGAUUUUGGCGGGAAUUACUUCUCGGGUAGGAUUCCUUCCAGCUAUGGAGGUUUCAAGGAGCUAAGCUAUCUGUCUCUUGCAGGAAAUGAUUUGGGUGGUUUAAUACCUGCCGAGCUUGGUAAUCUCACUAGUCUAAAACAGCUCUACUUAGGCUAUUUCAAUGACUUUGAUGGAGGAAUCCCGCCAGAUUUAGGAAAGCUCAUCAAUCUAGUCCAUCUAGACCUGGCCAACUGUGGAUUAGACGGUCUGAUUCCUCCUGAAUUGGGCCAUCUAAAGAAAUUGGACACUCUCUUCUUACAGACGAAUCAGCUCAGCGGCCCAAUUCCGCCCCAAAUCAGCAAUCUGAGCAGCUUGAAAUCUCUUGAUCUUUCAAAUAACCUGCUGACGGGAGAGAUCCCGGUCGAAUUCUUGGAUCUCCAGGAGCUGAUGCUGUUGAACCUAUUCAUCAAUAGGCUUCAUGGGGAGAUUCCUAAUUUCAUUGCGGACCUGCCCAAGCUGGAGGUCUUGAAGCUCUGGCAGAACAAUUUCACUGGCACCAUCCCUCCUAAGCUUGGACAGAACGGGAGGCUGACGGAACUCGAUCUUUCUAGCAAUAAGCUAACAGGUCUAGUCCCAAGAUCUCUCUGCUCUGGUAGGAAGCUGAAGAUCCUGAUCUUGCUCAACAACUUCCUAUUCGGCCCACUGCCUGAAGAUCUUGGAAAGUGCAGAACGCUUUCGAGAGUUCGAAUGGGGCAGAACUACUUGAGUGGUUCGAUCCCACAUGGUUUUCUCUUCUUGCCAGAGCUAUUACUCAUGGAAUUGCAGAACAACUACCUUUCUGGAAAAAUUUCCGGACAACCCAUGAAGGUUCCUUCUAAGCUAGUCCAGUUGAAUCUUUCGAACAAUCGCCAAUUUGGGUCUCUUCCUUCUUCCAUUGGAAGCUUCUCAAGUUUGCAGAUGCUUCUUCUGAGUGGAAAUCAGUUCACUGGCGGAAUUCCAUCUGAAUUGGGUCUGUUGAAGCAUGUAUGGAAGAUAGAUAUGAGUAGAAAUAACUUCUCCGGUAGAAUCCCGUCGGAGAUAGGAAACUGCCCAUUGCUGACUUACCUGGAUUUGAGCCAAAACCAGCUUGGUGGCCCAAUUCCAGUUCACAUCACUCAAAUUCAUAUACUCAAUUACCUCAAUGUUUCAUGGAACUGCUUAAACCAGAGCAUUCCAAAGGAAAUUGGGAGUAUGAAAAGCCUAACAUCGGCGGAUUUCUCCCACAAUGAUUUCUCUGGCCGGAUACCUGAAAAUGGGCAGUUUGCCUACUUGAAUUCCACUUCCUUCGAAGGAAAUCCCCAUCUGUGUGGGUCCUACUUGAAUCCAUGCAACUACUCAUCAACCUCUCCAUUGCAGCUUGAAAGGCAGAACGGUGUAAAAUCUCAAGGCCCCAGCAAAUUCAAGCUCAUAUUCGCAUUCGGCCUACUGGCAUGCUCGUUGGUUUUUGCCACGGCGGCAAUCAUCAAAGCCCGGUCAGCGGCAAAGAGAAAUUCAAAGACAUGGAAGCUCACUGCAUUCCAGAAGCUGGGAUUUGGAUCUGACGAUAUUCUGGAAUGCUUGAAAGAUGAGAACAUUAUAGGCAGAGGAGGAGCUGGGAUUGUUUAUAAAGGAACAAUGCCUAAUGGAGAAGAAGUUGCAGUGAAAAGGCUGUUGGGAAUAAGCAAAGGGUCUUCUCAUGACAAUGGAUUCUCCGCCGAAAUUCAAACAUUGGGGAGGAUCCGGCACCGGAACAUCGUCCGGCUGAUAGCGUUCUGCUCGAACAAGGAAACCAAAUUGCUGGUCUAUGAGUACAUGCCGAAUGGAAGCUUGGGCGAAGUUCUUCAUGGGAAGAAAGGCGGCCAUUUGAAAUGGGAUGUCCGGCUGAAAAUUGCGAUGGAAGCAGCCAAGGGACUCUGUUAUCUGCACCAUGACUGUUGCCCUCUGAUACUUCACAGGGAUGUGAAAUCCAACAACAUUCUACUCAAUUCCAAUUUCGAAGCUCAUGUUGCUGAUUUCGGCCUAGCAAAGUUCUUGCAGGACACCGGCACGUCCGAGUGCAUGUCCGCCAUCGCCGGAUCCUAUGGUUACAUCGCUCCUGAGUACGCCUACACAUUGAAGGUAGACGAGAAGAGUGACGUGUACAGCUUUGGAGUGGUUCUGUUAGAGCUCUUAACGGGUAGAAGACCCGUCGGGGAUUUCGAAGAAGAAGGGUUGGAUAUCGUCCAGUGGGCCAAGAUGAAUACGAACUGGAUCAAAGAAGGUGUGGUCAAGAUCUUAGAUCAACGGUUGAGCGAUGUCCCGUUGGAUGAAGCAAUGCAAGUGUUCUUUGUUGGAAUGCUCUGCGUGCAGGAACAGAGCGUCGAGAGGCCCACCAUGAGAGAAGUGGUCCAGAUGCUCGCUCAGGCAAAACAAUCACACCCAUUCCAUGUAGCAUGAUGUUUCAUCAUCUACCGUUGGUUAUCUGACAACACCUCUCAGACUCUGUUCUGCCUAGGUACAUCUGUAGCCCUUGGAUUGCAACGACCCAUGAUUUUCCUGUGGUUCGUGAGACUGUGGUUAGGAAGAUAGGAUUUGCAUCGGGACAUGUUCGUUUUUUGGUCCAUAAAUCGAGUGGUCCUCUUUCUCUUGAGAAAGCACUAGAGGCACCCCGGUGCAGGUUAGCACGUAGCAGUUGUUUACAUUUGGUAACGGUCUUAUAUAUGGAACGUUAUUCGGAUUUGUUACCGAAAAAGUGAGUAUUUUGUUAUGGAGAGCUGAUUUGUUGCA